AUUGAUAGCGUGCCGCUCCAAAGAGAAGUCGCUGAAGUUGCCACGCAAUCGUUUUCACGAGAGCUGCUUUCUUUGGUAAAGUCUAAGUGAAUUGCCAUACGGGCAUAGCAAACACAACUGCAAACGCAUUACAGAGGCCCUUUCGGAGAUAGAAGCUUGACCCUCACGAGAGUAGGGCUCGCGAGAGGCAACGCACUGCCAUAUAUAGCUGCGUCCGACGUAAAACACAUACUUGUGCCAAUUCAAAGAAAUACUUAUAGUCAAACAUUUCCCGAGGCGCCAGUCAAGGAUCUUUCAUCGUUUCGCUUUGCGUUGCUGUGCUUAGAGCGACCAAAUGGGGCCGCCGAGAAUUGCACAGACGUGGCUACCGCCUGACAUAGCCAAAGGCGCGUUUGAGGAGGAGCCGAAGCGCUUUGCGGCUCUGGUCCGUGCCACAGUUGACGAUGUGCAGAUUGCGGCGUCGGACACGGACCCCAACCGAUGGCACCGCGUGGUCAAGUGGCUCCCGCACAUCAACACCUUCUGCAGUCUUCAACUGGACUACGAGGCUGAUGUAGUGCUGCCGCUGGCGGAGGCGCUGUGGCGGGUGGUGCUGGAGGCGGCGGAGGACGUGGAGGUGCAGAGCCGCACCGCGUUGUGCCUGGUGACGGUCCUGAAGGCCAACAAGCGCGCGCUGCGCCGCAGCCGCCGCCUGGUGCUGCCCUGGCGGCCGCUGCUGGCGGUGAUGCAGCGGACCAUCGGCCUGCCGCUGCCCAAGCUGGAGGGUGUGGCCAUGACGGCGGCCCGCGGCAGCGCCCUCACCAAGCUGGUCGCCAAGGCGCGCCGCUACUUCCCGCCGGAGGCUCUGGGCGAGGUGUGGGCGGCUCUGGCGCCCGCGGUGUCGGCGGUGGGCUCCCGCCCCGCCGAGGCCUACGAGGCGCUGGGCUACCUGCAGCUGUUCGCGCCCACACACAACAUCUGCGCCUGCCGCUGGUCUGCUGUGAACGGCUGGGUGCGGCAGUGGAUGGGCGCCUGGGGCCUGGCAGCCAACAGCGGCGGCUGGGACGCCCUGUGGCUGUCGCUGGUGGGGAGGGCGGCCAAGCACGACUGGCGAGGCGUGAUUUGUUGGUCUCCGCACCUGCCGCACCUGUAUGGCGCCAUCGCCGCCAUGUUCGACGUGCCCGUGGGCGCGGCGCGCGGCGGCGGCGAGGCCGUCAACCGCCCGGCGCCGGGGCGGGCCGCGGUGCUGUUCGGGGACCAGAUGGGCUACGGCCCCUUCCACGGCGCCCGACUGGCCGUGCACCUCCUCCGCAGCCUGGAUCCAGCCGGCCUGGCUGCGCAGCAGCAGGGGCAGCAGCAGGGCGGCAGUAGCACCGGCAGUAGCGGCGAGGGCGGCAGUAGCAGCGCGCGGGCGGCUGCUUCCGCCGCCUCCGCCUCGGCUGCUGCGGGGCACCUGGAGCAUCUCACAGCGCUGCUGGAGCAGUACUACCACCCCUCCAACACGGGCAAGUGGUCGCGCGAGCUGGCCACCCUGCUCAAGCACCUGAGCAAGGCCGCCACCAAGCAGCUGGAGCGGCAGCAGCCGCCGACAGAGGCUGUAGCAACGGCAGGAGCGGGGGCACCGGCGGCUGUAGCAGGGGCGGGGGCAGCGGCGGCAGUAGCUGGGGACGACUCGGAUUGGGACGACGAGUACUCGCUCCUGCUGCAGCUGCAGGGGCCCGGCGACGGACCGGAGGCUGCAGCCGAGGUGCCGCCAGAGGCUGUAGCAGCCGCCGCCGCCGCAGCAGCCGCAGCAGCAGCCGACGGCAGUAGCAGCGGUGGCGGCAGUAGCAGCGGCUCCCGGCCGUGGGUGGCCGAGCUGCGGGAGCCGGAGCUGCAGCGGCUGGCUGCGUGUGCCGUCAAGCUGGCAGCGCGGGGGCAGUUCAGCAAGGACAACGUGCUGGCCAACGCCAGUGUGGUGGCUCUGUCGCAGCUGGCCCCACUGGCGCCCCGCCUGGUGCUGCCGCUGGUGCUGGAGCGGUUCAGGGCCGCCGUGGCCACCGAGACCGCCACCCACCAGCUGGUGGCUGCUACAGCCACCCUGGCGCUGUGUGCGCGGCCGCUGCUGCUGGCGGGCUAUGCGCAGCCGCCGGCGGCGCCGCAGCCCACCGGCGCGGGCGAGGCGGCGGGCGAGGCGGCGGCGGCGGGCGAAGGGGCAGACGAGCGCGAGACGGCGGCGCAGCUGCUGUCUGAGGCGCUCAUGGCGGUGCUACCCGGGCUGGACGCAAACGACGAGCCCAAGACCGGAGCCGUGCUGCAGCUCUACGUGGCAGUCCUGAGCGCGCUGCCGCGGCUGCGCGGCGCCGGCGAGGACGAAGAAGACGACGCCGCCGCCGCCGCACAGGAGGAGGAGGAGCACGCUUUCGCGCGCUCUACACAGCCCCUGCCUCCCUACCUGCCGCCGCCGCCCGCCACCGCCGCCCUCUCCGCCGCCAUCUCAGCCAUGGACAUCGACGCCGCAACCGCCGCCGGAUCUGGACCCGGAUCCAAGGCGCCGCCGCCCCCUGGAUCCAAGCCCGGAUCCGGAUCCGGACCUGGAUCCGGAUCCGGUGGCGAUGGCGCCGAGAUCCGCGACCUGCGGCUGUCGCUUUACGUGGAGGAGUGGGCGGAGGAGGUGGCGGAGCGCUGCCUUGCCCUGUUGGGCAACCUGGACGCGGGCCCGGCGGCGCGUGGCACGGACAUGGCCGGCGGCGGCGGCGGCGGCGCGCUGGGCAGCAUUGCGGACGGCGUGGCGGCGGCCACCUCCUCCUUCAUCACCGCGGGCCGCACGCUGUUCGGCCCCAUGUGGCAGCUGCUGCUGCACCACGCCCGCCCCAGCCUGCGCCGCCGCCUGGUGGGCCGACUGGCUGGCUUCAUCCUGGGCGGCGGCGCGCCCGGCAUGGCGUCCGAGCUCUCCAUCAUCGCCACGCACGCCGCCUCCGCCGCGCCGCGAGAGACGCUGCGCGUGCUGCUGCUGCCGCUGCUGCGCAAGCUGGAGGCGGACGUGGCAGAGCUGCCGCGGGUGCCGCCGCCGGUGGCGGUGGCGGGUGCGGCGGCGGGCGUGGCGGCGGCGCCGCCGCCCAGUGCCACUGCGGUGGCGGCGCUGCGGUACCGCGUGACGCUGCUGGCGGGCUGCAUGGGCGAGCUGCAUGCGGAUCACGUAAUGCUGCCGUACAUUGACCAGGCGCUGGCGGCGGCGGUUGGCGGCGGCGCUGCGCCGCCGCCGCCGCCGCCAUCUGCGCCGUCGCCGCCGCCUUCGGCGGCUGUGGCGGCGCUGCCUGCCGGCAGCCUGGCGGCGCGGGUGGCGGCGCUGGCUGAGUCGCUGCUGUGCGUGAACAGCGGCGUGCUUCAGAGCGAGGGCGGCGGGCUGUGCGGCAACCUGGUCAUGAUGCUGACUAGGUAUUGGCUGGAGCCGCACCUGCCCUGGCGGCGCGGGCCGCUGGGCGGCGCGGGCGUGCCGCUGACGCCCGGCGGCGUGGAGGGCUGGGUGGACAAGUACGGCUCCGGCUACCGCACACCCAGCUGGACUGUGCCCACGGCGGCGCACCUGGCGGCGGCGGAGGCGUUAGUAAGCGUCUGGCUGGCGGCGCCGGCGGAGCGGUUGGCGGCGGCGGCGGGCCGCGGCGAGCUGGCCAGUGGCGGCGGCGGCGACGGCGGCGCCAAGCUCAGAGCUAAGAGCGACCUGUUCCUGGUGUCGGGCGUGCUGGCCUUCCUGCUGUCCAUGCUGCGCGACUUCGACUGGGGGCCAGGAGGGGCGGCGGAGGGGGAGAGGGAGGGGGAGGGCGUGUCGCUGGCUGUGUUUGGAUCCAGCGGACACCGCGUGGGGGCGCCCGGCAUCCGCGACAAGCUGGCGGACUCGCUGGCGGCGGUGUGCAGUGUGCUGGCGGGCCAGCCCGGCGGCGACCCCGAACUGCGUGAGACCGCCCUGCGCGCCGCCACCCUACUCAGCAGCGCCGGCAGCGCCGAGUGGGGCGCGGCGCAGGCCACCGGCUCUGAGCAGCGUGGCAUCGUGGCGUGGUUCACUGACCCGCCCGCCGCCGCACGACUGCUGCCCCCCGGCAGCGCCUGGCGGCGGCGCCUGCCGUACUGGGCGGUACAGGCGCGGCUGUUCAACGCCGUGAUGCGCCGCGCCGCCGCCGCCGCCUUCAGGGGCAGCUGGGCCACCACCUGCCGCCCGCAGCUCACCGACCUGACCACGCUCCCCCCCUCCUACCUUUCCCUGCUGCGGGCGGUGGCGGCGCUGUGCCAGCACCCCGCACCCCUCACCGCCAAGUAUGGCGCCGGCGUGCUGGCCCAAGCCACCAAGCGCUUCCCCGCCCUGGCGCCCGUACUGCUGCCGUACUUUUUGGCCGCCAUGGCGGGCGUGCCGUACGACAACGGGCCCGGCCCAACCGCCGGUACGACAGCCGGCGCCGGAUCCGGAUCCAGCGGCGGGAUGUUGCUGCUGCCGCCGCCGGAGUUCUUCGCGACGCUUCGCGACGCAGCGCUGAACGUGAACAACGGUGGCGGUGGUGGCGGAAAUGGCGACAGCGGCGGGGACAAGGACAAGGAGCGUGAGCGGGCGGCGGCGGUGUCUUCGGCGCCGGCGGAUGUGGAGCGGGACGGGCGGGUGGCGGGGGCGUGCCUGGCGCUCAGUAGCAACCAGAGCUUCUGGCGCCUGUUGAUGCGCCACGAGCUGUGGCUGGCGGCGCUGCUGCACGCGCUGCUGGCGGGCCGCGCCCACAACGCCUCCGUGCCGCAGCGCGCCCUGGGCGACCUGCUGCUGCUCAUGGCGGGCCGGGUCAAACACCCGCCCGCCAUGUCGUACAGCCUGACCGCCGUACGGCAGCGUCCGGAGGUGGCGGCGCCGCAGUUUUACGGUACGGCGGCACCGGUUGGUACGGCGGCGGCGGGUGCGGCGGCGGCGGAUGCGGCGUCACUGACGCCGUACGCGGAUCUGGUGCUGCGGCUGGUGGACAUUGCUCGUCCCGGCGGCAGCGGUUUUGGCCGCGGCACGCCCUUCCGGUACGGCAUCAUCGCAAAUGUCGUACUGCUGCUGCUGCUGCCGCACCGCAUCGCGGCGGCCGGCCCGGAGCCCGGCGUGGAGGAGGCGGCGGCGGCUGGCGGCGCGGCGGUUGGUCCGGACCCUCGCGAGGGGGCGGCGGCGGUGCUGCUGCGCCACAUGCUGUCGCUGCUGGGGAGCGAGGCGCCGCAGCUGCGGCAGCUGGGCAUGAGCGGCGUGUUCCUGCCGCUAACCGCCGUGCUCGAGUACGGCGAGCCGGUGCCGUACCUGCAGACCGUGCUGCGCCAGACCAUCGACCAGACCAUGGAUGCCGAGGCCGCAGCGGACACUGCUGCUACAGCCGCAGCUACAGCCGCCGCCGCCGCCUCCAGCAGCGGCAGUAGCAGCGGCAGUAGCAGCACGGGCGGCUUUGGCGGGCGGCUGAUGCACGCGUUGAUCCAUGACCACUCGGAUCUGGACAACGCGGAGCAGAUGAAGGACAAGCGGGGCGCGGGCAUGCUGUCGCUGCAGCAGCGGCUGAUGAACAUGACGUUCGAGGAGAUGGCGGGCGGACUGGCGGGAAUCACCAUGGACAGGCUGUGCCGCUGGCCCGCCGACUCGGCCUUCACGCCGCCGGCCGUGGGCGACGGCUCCUUUGUGGUCAAGCACGCGCGGCUGGUGCAGCUGCUGGCGGCGGCGGCGCCGGAGCAGAUGCUCCGCACGCUGCGCCCACGACUGGAGGCGCUCACCGCGCCCGAGCGCCUGGCGGCCGCCGCCAGCAGCAGUGACAAGUGCGAGACGGCGGCGGCGGCGGAGGCGCUGGCGGGGCUGAUCGCCAGCGGCGCGCCCUGGGUGCCGGUGCCGGCGGCGGCGGCGGCGGUUGGUCAGGAGGGCGGCGGCGGCGGCGGCGGCGGUUGGGCGGUUGCGGCGCUGGGCCGCGCGAUCCGGGCCACCAGCCUGGACAUGGCGGCCAGUUGGGCGCUGUCGUACAGGUUCGCGGUUCGCGGCAUGCUUGAUGCGCUGUCGCCCGAGCGCCUUCACGCGCUGCUGCCGCCGUCGGCACUGCCCGGAGGCGCCGCGCCGCCGCGGCCGCUGCUGGCCGCCGCCCUCGCCGCCGACCCCUCCGCCGCCGCCACCGCCGCCGCCCUCGGCGACCUGCUGCGCCUCACCGUCGCGCCGCCGGCUGCUACAGCCCCUGCUACAGCCGACCCGGAGGCGGGCGGCAGUAGCAGCAGUGGCACCGGCAGUAGCAGCGGCAGUAGCAGCGUCAGCGGCAGUAGCGGGUUCUCGGGCUUGGCGGGUCAGCUGAAGCGGCUGCGGUGUGUGGGCGAGGUGGUGCGGGAGCUGGUGGGGGGAGACCCGUCCAAGCCGCCGCCGCAGCAGGUAGUGUCCUUCCUGUCCGGCGUGUUGGACGAGCUCUCACUCCUGGUGGCCGCAACAGCCGCCGCCGAGCCGCCCCCGCCGCCGCCGCCGGCCCUGCAACCGUCAACCGCCGUAACCGCAACCGACAGCGCGGCGGCGGACGCCGCCGCGAUCGCGGCGGCUGUGGCGGCGGCGACGCCGGACAGCCUGCGGCUCCGAGCUAACAUCGCGCCGCCUUUGCUAGACGUGAUUGCCUAUCUAAGAGCCGCCGACGGACUGCUAGCCAGGCAGCAGCAGCAACAGCAGCAGGCGGCGGCGCGAAAGGGCAACGGUAACGGUAACGGUAACGGUGAGAACAGUGACAUCGUGCACGUCAGCGCGGCGGCGAGCGGGCAGUCCAGCCCUGUGGGCAUGGAGGUGGCUGACACGGAGGACGAGGGCGCGGUGCUGGUCUCCCACCGCACCUCCGCAGCAGCAGCGGCAGCAGCAGCAGCAGCGGCAGAUGCCGGGCCCGGCGCGCCGCCGCCGCUGCACACCAGCCUGCUGCCGCUGCAGGCGCGCGCGGCGCGGCUUGCACUGGCCCUGGCCAACCGCUUCAACGCCGCAGCCGUGUCCGUGCAGGACGCUCGCGGCGCAAUCACACCCGCCUCAACCACCACACCCGCCUCAACCACCACACCCGCCUCAACCACCACAGCAGCUACAGCAACAACGACACCCGCUGGCGGGGCCGCUGGCGCGGCGCCGGCAACGCCGCCGCGGCCGGCGGUGGCGGCGCCCGCCGGCGGCGGCAGUGCCGGCGGCGCGUCCGCUGACGACAUGGUGGUUGUGGAGCGGCCGGUGGAUGACGUGGCGUCGCUCAACACCUCCGGAGCCCGCUCGCCCGCAACUGCCGCAACUGCCGCAACCGCCACCCCCACCGCCGCCGGCCCCGCCGCCGCAGCUGCUUCCAUGGACGUGGACGCGGGCGCUGCUGCUACAGCCGCUGCUACAGCCGCUGCUGCUACAGCUGCUACAGCCUUGGCGGCUGCGCCGUCGCCGGCCCAGAUGGGCGGCUGGGUGGCGGCUCUGGGUGUGGGCGCGGAGGUGUUGCUGCUGGCGGCUCAGCGGCACCGGGCGCCGGGUCUGCGGGAGCUGGUGGUGGGCAUGCUGCCCGGGCUGAUGCGGCUGCAGGACGUGGCGGGCCCAGAGCUGCAGAAGUUCGUGCGGGAGUUCCGAAUGGCCUUCUACGUGGCACGCGCCCUGGGCCUGAACACGCACGCCGCCGCCGGCGACACGCCCGGCGGCGCGCUGGUGGCGCACGGCGGCGGCAGCGGCGCGGUGGCGGCGGCGCUGGCGGCGGCGGAGGCGGCGGCGGAGGUGGAGGUGCCGUGGAGCAGCCGCGCCGCCGCGUUGUCGUACUGCCAGAUGCUGUGGUUCAGGCACUCGACGCUCAUGUCGCCGCAGCAGCUGGCGCGGCUGCAGGAUGUGGUGACUGCCCGGCUGCCCGACGCCAAAGCCGAGGUGCGCGGACUGGCCGCCGCCACCCUGUCCGGCCUGCUGCGCGGCACACACCCCGCCGCCGUGCAGCUGCUCCGCACCGCGCUGCUGGCACGCGCAGCAGAGCUCUUCGGCACCACCGCCGCGCGGGGCACCAAGCGCGGCGGCGCAGCCGCCGCCACCGGCGGCUCCGCCGCCGCUUCCGCGGCGGCUGCGGCGGCUCCGCCGCCUCCGCCGCCUCCGGCCCUGCCCUCCGGCGCCACGCCUCUGCUGUCCAAGCACGGGGCUGUGUCGGGCCUGAGUGCGCUGCUGAUGAGUCAUCCGUACGACGUGCCGGCGUGGCUGCCGCCGGUGCUGAUGGCGCUGGUGCGGGCGGCGGGCGGCGGCGAGCGCGACGGCGGCGUGCGGUCCGAGGCGGGGCGGGCGCUGGGCGAGUUCCGGCGCACGCACGAGGCGGAGGCGUUGGACGAGCUGCGCGGGGUGAUGAGCCCGGAUGACUGGGACAGCUUCACGCACGCCACGGGCACGGCCAGCUACUUUGUGUGAUGUGAGGGAGAGGUUGGGAGGAGAGGGGGAGGGAGAGAUUGGGAGAGGGAGAGGGGAGGGGGAGGGAGGCGGUGAACUCUGGACUAAUCCCGUAAGGAAACAGUCGCGAAGCUGCAGCCGCAUAUGCGCUACCGUACAUCACCAAAGGUUGUGCGGCGAGCUUGGGCGGUGCAGCGGCAGGAGGAAGUAGCAGUCCAGAGCGGCUCCGAAGUCAUGUCAGCAGUGCGAGCCGCCGGAGGGGGAUGGUGUGGCGUGGCGCCAGUGGUGGUUGGUGGUUGGGGAAGGAUGUGGUUGGGGAAGGAUGUGCUGGCGGCUGUAGGAGUUGCGAUACGCGGGCGAUGACGCCGGCGGCACAUGCCGUGGGGAGGAGGGGGUGGGCGGGGGAAACCCCAGCCGCCGUGGUGCAUUUGUACGGCGCAUGUUGUACGGCACGGUAUAUUGAGACUGCUGAGUUGCGACUGGACGGAAGGCAUGCAAAUGCACACGCAUACAUGCGGCACCGCCUGAAAGCUGACGCUGUGUGUUUGGGCGGCUGAGAGGCUGCGACGCGCGGUGUGUGUGCUUGAGAAAUGUUGACACGGUGUAACCGGACACGUGC